UUUGGGUGUCUACAGAGUUCCUUCUCAGCUCAGCCCUCGUCAUUGCUCUGCAACUCAGAACGGCAACUGCUGAGACCACCUUAAAAGAGGAUGGUCCUGAACAGAGCUCUGAUUCUGGGGGCCCUCACCCUGACCACCAUGAUGAGCCCCUGUGGAGGUGAAGACAUUGAGGCUGACCACGUUGGCACCUAUGGCACAACUAUCUACCAGUCUUAUGGUCCCUCUGGCCAGUACACCCAAGAAUUUGAUGGCGAUGAGCUAUUUUAUGUGGACCUGGAGAAGAAGGAGACUGUCUGGCGGCUGCCUGUGUUUAGCCAAUUCGCAGGUUUUGACCCACAGGGUGCCCUGAGAAACAUAGCUGUGGGGAAACAUAACUUGGAUAUCCUGAUUAAACGCUCCAACUUUACCCCUGUUACCAAUGAGGUUCCUGAGGUGACUGUGUUUUCUAAGUUCCCUGUGUCGCUGCAUCAACCCAACACCCUCAUCUGUCUUGUUGACAACAUCUAUCCUCCUGUGAUCAACAUCACAUGGUUGAGGAACGGACACUCAGUCAGAGAGGGUGUUUCUGAGAUCAGCUUCCUCCCGAAGAAUGAUCUUUCCUUCCUCAAGAUCAGUUAUCUCACCUUCCUCCCUUCUGAUGAAGAUGUUUAUGACUGCGAAGUGGAGCACUGGGGCCUGGAUGAGCCACUGCUGAAACACUGGGAGCCUGAGAUUCCAACCCCUAUGUCAGAGCUGACAGAGACUGUGGUCUGCGCCCUGGGGUUGACUGUGGGCCUCGUAGGCAUCGUGGUGGGCACUGUCUUCAUCAUCCAAGGCCUGCGCUCAGGUGGUCCCUCCAGACACCAAGGGCCCUUGUGAGUUGCACCCUAGAAGGGAAGGUGCACAGCCCGUCUACCAGAGCAGAAGAGUGGACAUGCUAGAUGACCUAGAACUUUCUUCAUAUAGCUUCUCUCCUCUUACACUCCUCCUCUCACCUCUUCUCUGGGACUUAAGAUGCUUAUCCCUUAAAGCGCACAUAUACCUCGGGAUUCUCCCCCUGACUACCUGAUGAUUUUUUUCUGUUCUCAAUAGUUACAUACCAUGGGAUCACUGGCGUAUUCCACCCAGUUACCUAAUCCCUAGUGACCCGGAUCCAGUAUCAUCAUGGAAGCAAUAAAUCCUCCUUUUAUUGGAA